GGUGCUCAUAUAAAUGGCAAGAAGAAAGGUCUGUUCAACUUAACUAUUUGAGAAUUGUUUCAUUUUCCUUCUAAAAACAGAACCUCUCACUUCUCUUUAAAGCACACACAGCACAAACUACAACUCCAAUACAAUUUUUUUUUGAGACUUAUGAGCCAUGGAAAAUAUAGGAGCUCCUCCAAUACUUUCUUCAACAAGAUCAUUCAUAGCCCCUCUUCUUAUUUCAAUGUUAGGCAUAGUUUGCACUGCCUUAGCUUUAGUGAUUUACCACUUCAUUUUGUUAAGAUUUUGCAUAAGGAGAAGUAGAUCACAUAUUAGAAACAAUAUUGGACAGCCAUUCAAUGAACCCCAUUUAACCAUUGGCAUAGAGCAGAAGAUUAUUGAAUCAAUUCCUCUCGUUGUUUAUUCGAUUCAUAAACAAGAUUUAUGUCGUGUAGAUCAGAAUGAGUGUGCCGUAUGCUUAGGUGAAUUGGAAGAAGGUGAGAUAGUUCGAUUUUUGCCUAAUUGUAAGCAUUAUUUUCAUGUCACAUGCAUAGACAAGUGGCUUAUUGGCCACGUUAAUUGCCCGAUUUGUCGAUCUUCUAUAAUAGAGACAAUAAACUACGAGGAGAAAGAUAAGCCAGAUGUGACAAUCGUUCCACUACCAUCUAAUUCUCCGCCAUGUGUCAGUAAUGAAAGUAACACGAUUGAUGUUCAAGUUCAAGAUCAAGAUCACGAAAAUCAAGUCGACCUCGAGUAUCGUAUUGCUUCAUCGUCUGAUCAGGUAAAAUUACCAUCACAAUCUUGUAGGUUGCAUUGCCAUAGUGCAUCAUUGGAAUUGCCUACGGAGAGAAUUAGAUCAACAGAAAGAAAAUUAGUGAUGGGGUUGAAGAGAUCAUUAUCUAUGGAUCAAACAUUUAUUAUUAUUGAUAGAGAGAAAUUAGAAGACGAAAUCAAGUCAUUUUCAACAUCUUCUUGUUGCUCUUCAUCAACGGAUUAAUUGAUCAGAAGCAAUCAACAAGGAACUUUUUAAUGAGGAAAGGAAGUCAAAUUAUUCCCUAAUGAUUUAUUUAUUUUUCUGAAUUUUUUUAUACGUAGUAUUUAAUUAGCUUCCUCUAGCUGGAUAUAUGUUCACUAAAUUGUGGCAUAUAACUUAAUCACGAAAAAGUGGAUCUAAAUAUCCUUCGCCAAGAAGGUUCUUUUUAUUUGGUGCAUUCAAGGAUGUAAUUUAAUGGUCAUCGAACGAAGUGCUCGCCAUCGGGCCUGAUAAAAUGAUGCACCCUGGACUCGGGAUGAGUUUUAAGACCUCGGAAAGUACAAUGAACGGUUAUACACAACGGAUAGAUGGCUGUGUAUUCACAACCAACCGGAUAUCACAGCGUGGAUCUCGCUUGAUGUCGGUUACAGAGCAGUAAUUAAUGAGAAAGGAAGAUUUUACCUUUUUUAGAUUUGUACUAGGGAUGAUACUCUCCUAGUAUAUAAGGGGGAAGCUUUACUUUGAUAAGACAGAUUGUAACACGCAAAUCAAGGCAUUAAAAAUUUAUUUUAUGCUUUCUAGCUAAUGAAAUAUUUCUUACUUA